GCGCUAUACUAAAAAAGCUAAAUCAAUCACUUUGAGGUUUGGCUCAGCUGGCCUGAUUUUCGAAAAUAAAGGUGUAGGCCUAUAGUUAUAAAGAACACAAGAAACCCAAGUACACAAACAAAAAAAUAUGACAAGUUUUGGAUGGAAAAGAAAAGUUGGUGAGAAGGUGUCCAAAGAAGCCUCUUCAAACUUUGAAAGUAAGACCGGAUUGUUGCAGGAAGAUUCCUCAGGAGAAGAUGGUCACCAUGAAGACAAUCUGUGGGAUUCUUUCUCCAAGAAAAGGAAGGUUUUGCUUCUUGAGGAUGCAGCCAGCAAGAGUCAACGCCUGAAAGCUGAAGGAGAGACACUGGCAGAUGCUGGAAGAUUCUGGGAGGCUUUGAACAAGUGGAAUGAUGCUCUUCAAUAUACCCCUGCAAAUGAACAUCUACAUGAAAUGAAAGCACAAGUUUUGAUGGAGUUGCAUGAGGUAUUCCCUGCCGUUGAAGCAGCACAGCAAGCCACAGUGUUAGCUCCCCAGUGGUGGGUUGCGUACCAGACAUUAGGACGUGCUCAAAUUGGGCUUGGAGAAAUCACCAUGGCUGUCAAAUCUUUCAGCAGGGCUGUACACAUGAACCCAGCUGAGCCUACUCUGUGGGAGGAGGAUCUAAGCUGGGCCUACUCACUGCGAGACCAACUCGGGGCAAGGACCAAGACCAGGACCAGGAAACGAGAGGGCCAAAAGGAGACCCAAGUAUCGGAACCGGUUGCGACAAGCGAGCCUGGCACCGGUCCUUCUCGGACUGGGAGCGCCUCAAGAUCAUCUGGAGAUGGUGAGGAUGGGCAGGAGUUAGGAAGUGCAGCCAGGAAGACCGAGGAAGCUGAAGACCACAGUAUGGAAGAAGACACUAGGACGGUAACAACACCUGAUGACCGAAGUAGUGGUGAUGCAUCGUUCUGUAGAGAGGGUUUCAGGUGAAGGAACUAUGGGGUUGUCGGAUGGAGAGCAGUGAACUGAUGUCGAAGUACAUUCUAGGUGUAUGCAUGCAUGCAUGCACCUGAUUAUCAAAGCAAGCAAUUGUGGUACAUGAUCCUGUAGAGAGGGUGGCAGGUAACCCUGUAACCGAUAAUCGGAUCAGGGGCAGACCGUCGGCGGAUCAGGUGAAAUCAAAUAAUAAAUUCUGAUAAAUUCUGAUUGCCGAUCAAUGAAAAAAAUGAUCGGAAAAUAAUCGGUAGAAAAAGAGAAGAAAAUCUGCCCAGCAUGGCUAGGAUUAUUUUGUCAUUUGGAGUUGUUGUAGACCAUGUUUGUCGAUAUUAAGUGUCUUUUCAUACUCCUGAAAUUAAUAAUAUUAGUCUAAGAGAAGAGAUAAAACAUGCGAGCUGCCAUUUUGGAUUAUAAUGAUCCGAUCUUUGCCUGUUUUUUAUUUAUUUGAAAGCCCCAAACUCGAACAAUUUCGGCAUUUAAAAAAAUAAAAAUUCCUCUUAUAAUUUUUUCAAUUUUUAACAUUUAACGGCAUAAAAAUGGUUGUAAACAUAAACCGAUACUUUGUCAAUACUGGUUUGUCAAUACCGAUCAAAGGUGCGAGGGUGACGAUCCGAUCUUCCGUUCCGAUCAAAGCCCCAACACCCAAAAUCUAACCAGGUCAUCCUUGCAUGCUUGUUUAAAGUCCACUCAAUGGUUCUUGAGUUAUCAGCGUACCGAAAAGUGGGACAGACGGACAGCCGGAACAUAUAAUGCCUUCGGUAGAUGAGGCAUUAAAAAACUCUGUAGUGCUUCAGGGUGCAUAAAAAUGUUAAUAAAAUUGAACACUGUGAGAUAUAUGUCUACUAUUUUAUAAUCAAUAUGAGCAUGCGUCGUAGUUAUGUUAAAGUGCAAUAGUGACUUCAUCACUUAUUGAUAAAGAAGGAUAAAAUCAUAGAUUUUGUUCUUUUAAUUGUGAUUACAGAUAAUAACUCAAGUCAUGUGAACAGUAUACUCCCCAAGGAGUGGAGAUGGUGCACACUUGGUUGCUCACUUGAAAUUAAAUUAACAUAGAUUAUAAUAAGAUUGUUGAGCAGAGUGAAUUUUUCAGAUAAUGUACUACAUAUGAAGUCUAUGUAGAGCGUGAGUAUUCUUUGCAAGUGUUUUAUUGAUUCCGUGUACAUGUAUUGUAGUCCUUAUUGUGUUCUUGUUUGUUUUUAAAAAUAACUAAGUGGGAGAUGCUGAUCUCUAAGAUUACAAAUCACUUGAAUUUGAAAUUACUUGCAUGCUCUCAAUACAAAAUUUUACUAAGUUUUACUAUGUUUUACUAACUGUUGAAAUGAUACUUUUCAAGUGUACCUGCACAGUCACAUAUUUGUGAAAUUUGAUCUUGAUGUAGAUUCUCUGUUGAAAAACUACAAAUAAAUUGCGUAACAAAUAUAUGCAAAUAAACUAAAUGUACAGCUCUCUAUAUCUAUAAUUAACAUUGCAUUCAAAUAAAACAUUUUUUGUGGAUACAUGUAUAUCCAGGUCACUAUA